AUGCACUAAGUUAAGCGUGCUUGUUCAUGCAUGCAGUGUGGUAAGUUGUUACCGUUCGGACCUCUUCCACCUUCACCUCUCCAACUACGUCGAGUGUUAGGGAAAAAGGAAAACGUGGGCAAACAAUGCUUAAGGCCGUACAGAAAUCGUGCGAGCAAAACAAAUUCAAAUUAAAACUAACUGCCAGUAAUGGCAAUGACAAAAACAAUAAAGAGAACAACAGCGAGAUCGACAUCAACACCUCUGAAGUGUCCGAUGUACUGGACAUUAAACGGGAAUCCAUCGUAGCCCAAAAGCUAGAAGGCCAACCAUAUGACAGUCCCCCAUUGAAGAAACUCAGUCUGAAAGGCAACCAACUUUGUGGCAGCAUUUUAAUUGGCAACUACAAUUACUUGACACAGUUGGAGGUGUGCGAAAACGAAAUGGAGGUUUUGGAUCUCAGUUCUCUCGCUCAGUUGGAGACAUUAAAGUGCAGUCGCAACAAGCUAAUUGAGCUUAUCAUCAAUGGGACCAAUCUACAGACUCUUAUAGCGGAUCACAACUGUUUACAGAGCAUCUCCAUAUCGAAGAGUGUACCCCUGAAACUGUUGCAGGUAGACAUCUCGCACAAUUACCUGAGCGAGCUUCCCCAAUGGAUUGGGGGAUGUGUGUCAUUGACUUCACUCUCCGCCGCCCACAAUCAUUUGAGCCAGGUUAAGGAUCUGCUGCGUGAUUGUCGCAUUAGGUGUUUGCAGGAAUUGAAUUUGGCCUACAAUGGAUUGCAACAACUCGACUGCUUGCCCGAGUCAUUCUGUAGCUUAAGGCAGUUGCAGUUGCAAAGCAACGAGCUGCAACGUUUGCCGGAUAACUUUUUUGCCGUAACGAAUUCGCAGCUGAACAAGUUGAAUGCCUCAUGCAAUCGAUUGUCGGCGCUGCCGCGUUACGAGCAGAACAAUAAUGCUGCAUUGCUGGAACUCUCACUGACGGCAAAUCAAUUGAACGAUAACAUAUUUGAUGCACUGUUACAUGCUGGGAAAUUAAAAGUUCUGCGCUUGGCCCACAAUCGAAUUGGAGUUCUGCCCGCCGAGUGUGUUCGUAAUUGGCCCAAUUUGGAGAUUUUGGUACUAUCGGGCAACAUGUUGCAACAACUGCCCGAACAGAUGGCGACAUUGGGCCAACUGAAGGUGCUACGCUGUUGCAACAAUCUACUGUUGAGCACUCCACAGUUGGCUAAGUUGUCGAAACUGAAGAUUUUGGAUUUGGCCCACAAUCAUUUGGACCGCAUUAAUUUGUUAUCUUUGGUGCCGUCGCGUAAUCUCAAGUAUUUGGAUCUGUCGGGCAACUUGCAACUUCAGGUGGAUGAGCAACAGUUGAAAAUGUGCCAGACGCAGAGUCAACGUGUCUGGAGCUUGGUCGAUGUCUCGGGCAAUAAUCGUGCCGCCUUGCCCACCAGCAACCGGAAACUACCCUCAGACAUGUUAAAGCAAUUGCAUAAAACAAAAACAAGUCCCUGGUCCAUGGGAUUUGCCGAGACGCCAGGUGAGCUGCGUAAGCUGUUGGUUACCCAACUGCGAGCUGGUCAUUUGAAUGGCACCACCGAUGAAUCACUUUUCGGCAUGUUCGAGUCGAAUGGAGAUGCUCGCAUUGCCCAUCAAAUGGCACACCUGUUGCCCGGUCUGUUGAAGCAUGAGCAGACCCUCAAGGAGAUGAACAGCAGCGAGUACAUGAAGUACACACUGUUAACGGCACAGCGUCAAUGCGGCGGUUGCCUUCGCAGCGCCUUAAUCUUCCAUCUGAUGCGACUUCCCUCCAAGGUGAGGGCUCUUAAGUCAAAGCGUUAUGUUCUCCACAUGGCGAGCCUGGGAUAUUUUGAUGCAUAUCUUGUUCGGAGAACAACCCACCUUCGAUUAACCCAGCCCGAAACUCAGCUGGACACUAACAAACGCCUUCAAGUCCAUUCACUAACAGAUCCACAGUUGCUACAGGUAAAUCUUAGCAACGAUGACGAGUACUUAGUGUUGGGCAACGAGCAUUUAUGGUCCGUUAUGGACAUUGGCCGGGCAGCAAGGGAGAUACGGAAGGAGGAGAAUGCACUGCUUGCGGCGAAGCGACUGCUUGAAAUAGCACAGAGCUUCGGGGCCAAAGAGAAUCUGAGUGUGAUCGUUGUGCGCUUCAGUCACCUGAGCACAGAUGUGGAUCAUUUGAUACGGGAGCUCAAGCAGAGUGUGCGUAAAAAGCCCACAUUAAUAUCGCCGCAACCACAGAGUGUAUCGGUGAGUAAACGCACCUGUUGCGAUCGCAGCAAUGCGUGUCGACAUCGCACAUUGAAUCAAGAGCUGCUGGCUGGACGCUCCUCACCCAGUGGCCAGAGUAAUUCCGAUUUGUUGGCCGAAGAUGUGACUGCCAAGGAUGAGUUCAUAUUGGCCCAUGCUCGUGUUCUGCAGGAGGAGCAACAGCUGGAAAUGCUGGACGAGACUGAAUCCGUGCUGUCGGAGGAGCAAUUCAAAUGUUGGGAAUACAUGCUUGAGCAAAACACACAACUCCUGUUCGACAAGGAGCUGAAUACCAUCUCGAAAUCAUUCACCAAGCAGCGAAUGCCAACCGAUGGCAACGAUCUUAAGUCAAAUCUCAUACGAAAUGUCACUAACAAAUUUAUCUCGAGCAGCACACCACAGCUGCCCCAAAGCCAGCCCCAUCCCCUGCCCCUGGCACCCAUUGCUGCCUUCCAGCAGAUGAAACAACCCUCCACUGACCAUUGCAGCUUGCGAUCCUUCCACCAAUCCCAUAACUAUAGAUAUAAUCUCUUCGAUGGCAAUGUCCGAGAUGCCUAUGCCAAGCUGGGAGGUGGUCCUCAUGCCGCCUACUUCGGCUCUCUGCAGCGCCGAAUGCCCUGCAAUUUCGAGUACGACUUUCCGGCCACACAGGAGCGGGACCACAACAUUCUAGAUGAGGAGGAAAUCGAGGCGGAUGGUUACACGGAGCAUGAAAGUCGCAUGCGGAAAUAUUGGGGUGUGGCUACCACAGAGUUAUAAACAAAGCCGAACCUUGUUUCAAGCUUUUUUAACAAAUUGUGAUUGUUUUCUCAAUUGCUCUCGAAUUAUUCCUUGGUAUGAAAUGUUUAAAUUGAAAUAAUUCAUGUUUUUAAAGAA